AAGUCUGUAAAAUAUUACCCGUUUGCUGCUGCUGCUGCUGCUGCUGCUGCUGCUGCUGAGAAACCUCAUUGCCUGGUUAGCAAGGCAUCACCAAAGAGACUUUAUCUGAUGCUGUAUGUCUCAAACUUUCAGACGCUGCCUUGCAACUUCUCCAGGCUCCUGCCUUGCCGGGUUUGAAAUAAGAUCUUCAGCUUCGACAAUGAGAAACUAACACAUAAUUUAUUACUUCUAACUUUUUUAUUAUUAUUAUUAUUAUUUUGAAAAAAAAAAAACUCUGCAACUUUGAUCUAGAAAGCGAAGCAGUGAGAGAAAAAUAAAUGGAAAUAGGGAAAACACGUGGAGAAAAAUGAGUAGGACUGAAUCGCCUUAAUUUUUUAAUUUUCAUUUUUUAUCAUUUUUUAUUUCUGAGCGUCUCAGUAAGUCUCUGAAAAGUGCGAUUUGAUCUUUUACCUCAAACUUGGAAACUGUUCAGCGGGAGCAACGGUACGUGAGACCACACAGCUGGCUGAAGCCCCUCUAUGACCAAAGGACAGAAGGACAAACAAGAUGUAUUGUGAGAGGUUUAUAUGUAUCCUGAGAAUACUUGGAACCACGCUCUUCGGGGUGUCCCUCCUGCUUGGGAUCACCGCUGCUUACAUCGUUGGCUACCAGUUUAUCCAAACGGACAAUUACUAUUUCUCCUUUGGACUCUAUGGUGCUAUCCUGGCAUCACAUCUCAUCAUCCAAAGCCUGUUUGCCUUCCUAGAGCACAGGAAAAUGAAGCGAUCACUAGAAACUCCAAUCAAGCUGAACAAAACAGUUGCCCUUUGUAUUGCUGCCUAUCAAGAGGAUCCUGACUACUUAAGAAAAUGUUUACUUUCUGUGAAAAGAUUGACCUACCCUGGAAUUAAAGUUGUUAUGGUCAUUGAUGGGAACUCGGAAGACGACGUUUACAUGAUGGACAUUUUUACAGAAAUCAUGGGUAGGGACAAAUCUGCCACUUAUGUCUGGAGGAAUAACUUCCAUGACAAAGGUCCAGGUGAGACAGACGAGUCUCACAGAGAGAGCAUGCAACAUGUAUCUCAGCUGGUCCUAUCCAACAAAAGUGUUUGCAUCAUGCAGAAAUGGGGUGGAAAAAGAGAAGUAAUGUACACAGCAUUCAAAGCACUGGGGAGAAGCGUGGAUUAUGUACAGGUCUGUGAUUCAGAUACAAUGCUUGAUCCAGCCUCAUCAGUGGAGAUGGUAAAGGUUUUAGAAGAAGAUCCAAUGGUUGGAGGAGUGGGAGGUGAUGUGCAGAUUUUGAACAAAUAUGAUUCCUGGAUCUCCUUUCUGAGCAGCGUGAGAUACUGGAUGGCAUUUAACAUAGAAAGAGCCUGUCAGUCCUAUUUUGGCUGUGUACAAUGCAUCAGCGGGCCUCUGGGAAUGUACAGAAACUCGUUACUCCAUGAAUUUGUGGAAGAUUGGUACAAUCAAGAAUUUAUGGGCUCCCAGUGCAGCUUUGGAGACGACAGGCAUCUAACUAACCGAGUGCUAAGUCUGGGCUAUGCAACAAAGUACACAGCUAGAUCCAAGUGCCUUACCGAAACACCGAUAGAAUAUCUCAGGUGGCUGAAUCAGCAGACCCGCUGGAGUAAAUCGUACUUUAGAGAGUGGCUUUAUAAUGCAAUGUGGUUCCACAAGCAUCAUUUGUGGAUGACUUAUGAAGCUGUAAUCACUGGAUUCUUUCCUUUCUUCCUUAUCGCCACAGUCAUUCAGCUCUUCUACAGGGGGAAAAUCUGGAACAUCCUCCUUUUCUUGUUGACCGUUCAGUUAGUUGGCCUGAUAAAGUCUUCCUUUGCCAGCUUCCUUAGGGGGAACAUUGUCAUGGUUUUCAUGUCACUCUACUCAGUGUUGUACAUGUCAAGUUUACUGCCAGCAAAGAUGUUUGCAAUUGCCACAAUAAACAAAGCAGGGUGGGGCACGUCAGGAAGAAAAACCAUUGUAGUCAAUUUUAUAGGACUGAUUCCAGUCUCCGUUUGGUUUACAAUCCUCCUAGGUGGCGUAAUUUUCACUAUCUACAAGGAAUCAAAAAAGCCAUUUUCUGAGUCGAAACAGACGGUUCUCAUCAUUGGCACAAUACUCUAUGCAUGUUACUGGGUUAUGCUUUUGACUUUGUACUUCGUUCUUAUCACCAAAUGUGGCAGGCGGAAGAAAGAGCAACACUAUGAUAUGGUGCUAGAUGUAUGAUGUUUCUGCGGGAAGUUACCCAGAGCGUUUUAAAGCAACCCAACAACCUUAUAGUAUUUGUGGCAUCAAAUGAAUGUUGCCAAGGGAAAUGGAUCAUUGCUGCUGGGAAUAGGACAUUUAUAUUCCUCUGGGUUCAUUUUCAUCCUGCCAAAGUAAGAAAACACAAACAAUAAAAAAUGAUUUUUUUUCCAAGGGGGGAAAAAAGCAAACCACACAGAUUCGACCUGUUCGCAAGAAAAUGGGAGGACUUCUUUGUUUAUGCACUUUUUAGUUGUGCAUAUGCCUGACAGUGUUAUGUUCUAUAUACCUCACUGGUCAUGCUUAUGUGUGUGGACAGGAAGGAAAGGAGUUUGGAGAAUCAAGCAAAGGAUCUUACAACCCCUUGCAACCUAAUUUAUGGACUUCUCUUUUUUUUUAUAGUUCUGUUUAUAGGAAGGGUCUUUUGUGUUAGGCUGCCAAAUGUAAUGCCAAAGGUAAAAUUUAAGAGGCUAUUGGCUGAGCUGUAUUUUUAUAUUAUUGUAUUAUUUGUAUGUGUGUAUUUUUAAGUCAAUUUUUUUUUUAAAUCACAUAUUUUAUAUUUUACUUAUCUGCCAAAAAGCUGCCUCCCUAACAUGUUGUUCUUUAUCCUUUUUAAAUAAGUUUGGAAAAAAAUCAUAUUUGUUCCCUAAAAAUCUAUGCUGAUUCGAUAUUGUUCACAACAGGAAGAAUAAAAUAUUGCUCUGCAUUUUUACAACUGAUGAACGGUUAUUUCUGUGAAAAAAUAUUUAAACGUGCUCUUUGAAGACAUUUAUUAGGAAAGGCCCAACAUUGCCAGUUUUUGGAUAUAAGCAUAUUUGUGCAUACAAAAAGGCCAAAGGGGUAGAUAUGUGCAAUCUGGGGUUUGUUUUGUUUGGAUAACAUUGUAAAAGGGAACCUUGCUUCUCUGCUAAGAGCAUACCAUCCCUGCCAUGUGUAAUAGCCAUGCAGGAAGUCAGGCCUUGAUGCCACUGGAGUUUAUAGCAAAGCUUCCACUGAUUUUACGUGGGACUCGAUGAGUCAAAAGUUUCUGUUGUGGAGAAACAUUGGACACCUGAAACUAUUUUUGACUUCACUGAUGGCUGCGGUUGCUCAUAAUCUGUCAGUACCAAGCAGAUAGUUCAGAUUUUUGAGUUUCAACAAAUACAUGGAAGGAAAAAAUGUCAAAACCUUCACAAUGGGGAUGUCUUACUGUAAAACUUCUACAUUGCACUUCAGAGAGUUUACAGUCAAAAUAAACAUCAGCUUCUCUGACGUUCAGUAUAAUCCAAACCCCUGUACUGAGCCCAAUAAUUUAUGUUUGACUAAGGCAUAUCUACCAGAAAAGAAGUCAAUUUCUAUCCGAAAACUUCAAGUGAUAGCAAAUCCAUCACUUCCUUGGUGCCUAACCAUCAAAGACAUUUACUUUGGACUAUGGUUUUGAGAAACAAUAUUCAGGACUAAAUUCUUACAGCCUUUCACCAGCCAAAGGAAUGUGGCAUUGAGCCCUAAUAUACAAGUAAAGAGCAACAGAAAGCCAGCUGCAUACAGAUAUAUGCCCUUUUUAGAUUCUGGUAUUAAAAGCACUGUGGUAAAGCAGAAAUCAGCAUAUGAUGCUUAAAGAACUUAGAAGCAUUUUCAGCUUCUCUUUUUUACGCAGACAUGAAUAGAUUCUGCUGUAGAGUGAACUGCACACACACUACCUUAUUUGUCUGAUUAUCUUGAGGUACAUGGUUGCUUGAAAGUCAUACUAAUAUUAUGUUAAUGACUGGAGAGUUGACUCGUGUUGGUUACAAAAUAGGACAGUAUUAAAAACAAGCAAAAGAAACAGCAAAAAUUAAAAAAAAAACUUGACUAUGCCUUUUAACUAUUUAUGAUGUAAGUUAAAGCUUGGGUUAACAUUCAAAUGUCAAAUAAAUCCUCUCAUUCUAUAAAAAAGAUUGAAUUAAUUGCCUGUAUUUAUUCUAGCAAUUAUUCAAUGUACUUCCAGUAUAGGUUGUAUAGUAUAAUUGUUACUUUCAUAAAUAAAAUAUUUUUG